AGAACAAAAUCUUAUUCCUUUUUCAAUUUGUCAUGUUCCCGAGUUUAGGUUCCCAAAAUUAGAAAGUCUAAAGAUUAGGUUGGGUCUUAGACCGCCAUUUUUGUCUCUUAGCAAAAAAUGAAUCUCAGGUUUCAUUUAAAUUAAUUAUCUCUGUUUUUCUUUGCUGUAACGAAAUCUUGAAGAGCUCGAUAAUACAUCGGAAUCUUUUAUUUUCCAAUGUUAUCUCGCAGAUCCCUAUGCACCUCCCAUCACUUGCUGUCUCAUAUUCUUUCUCAUUCUCAAUUCCUCGGUGGAUUAGCAAUCUCUCGUUCUGUUCUCUAAUGGGUUUGAUAGGUCAGAGAAAAUUGAUCUAUUGGCUCAUCUGAUUCUGUUCUUUACACCAAAAAAAAAACUGGUAUCUGGAUUCGUUUCUUCGUGCUCAUCGUAAAAAAACAGUGAUUUCGUCUUUGAGUCAGAGACAAUGGAUAUAAGCAAUGAAGCAGGCGUUGAUGCGUUCUCAAUUAUAGGACCCACGUCUAUAAUCGGUAGAACAAUUGCCUACCGGAUCUUGUUCUGCAACUCAGUGUCUAUAUUCAGACACAAACUCUACAGAUUUCUCAAGUUUUUCCUCAGAGGAGGCAGGGUUUUACUAUCACCGUUUGUGUCCUUACUACAUCCCAGGAAUCCACAAGGGAUAUUAGCAAUGGUGAUGACGAUGGCCUUUCUGUUGAAUCGCUACACAAGCCUAAAAGCAAAAGCUGAGAUGGCUUACAGGAGGAAAUUCUGGAGGAACAUGAUGAGAGCUGCAUUGACAUACGAGGAAUGGUCUCACGCCGCAAAGAUGCUUGAUAAAGAGACUCCAAAGGUGAACGAGGCAGAUCUCUUCGAUGUGGAGCUCGUAAGGAAUAAGCUUGAGGAGCUUAAGCAUAGACGUCACGAGGGAUCUCUAAAAGACAUUAUCUUCUGUAUGAGAGCUGAUCUUGUUAGAAACCUCGGUAACAUGUGUAACCCUGAGCUUCACAAGGGAAGGCUUCAUGUGCCGAGAUUAAUUAAAGAGUACAUCGAUGAGGUUUCUACACAGCUCAGGAUGGUUUGUGACACGGACACUGAAGAGCUUCCUUUGGAGGAGAAACUCUCUUUUAUGCAUGAGACUAGACACGCGUAUGGAAGAACGGCUCUGCUUCUGAGCGGAGGAGCUUCUCUAGGAGCUUUCCAUCUUGGUGUGGUCAAGACGCUUGUAGAACAUAAGCUCUUGCCGAGAAUUAUAGCCGGUUCAAGCGUGGGAUCCGUAAUGUGUGCGGUUGUGGGGACAAGGUCAUGGCCUGAGUUACAGAGCUUCUUUGAAGGCUCUUGGCAUGCUUUGCAGUUCUUUGAUCAGAUGGGAGGGAUUUUCACUACUGUGAAACGGGUUAUGACUCAAGGCGCAGUCCAUGAGAUCCGGCAUUUGCAAUGGAAGUUGAGGAAUCUCACCAACAACCUUACAUUCCAAGAAGCUUACGACAUAACAGGACGGAUUCUAGGGAUAACAGUUUGUUCCUUGAGGAAACACGAACCCCCUAGAUGUCUCAAUUAUCUGACGUCGCCUCAUGUUGUGAUAUGGAGUGCAGUGACUGCAUCUUGUGCUUUCCCAGGUCUUUUUGAGGCUCAAGAACUCAUGGCCAAAGAUAGAACUGGAGAGAUUGUUCCUUAUCACCCACCUUUUAACUUAGAUCCUGAAGAGGGCUCAGGAGAAUCAGUACGGCGCUGGAGGGACGGUAGUUUGGAGAUGGACUUACCGAUGAUGCAACUGAAAGAGCUUUUCAAUGUCAACCAUUUCAUUGUCAGUCAAGCCAACCCUCACAUAGCACCCUUCUUGAGGAUGAAGGAGUUUGUUAGAGCUUGUGGAGGUCGAUUUGCUGCAAAGCUCGCUCAACUCGCGGAGAUGGAAGUGAAGCAUAGAUGUCAUCAAGUACUAGAACUCGGGCUUCCUCUAAGAGAAGUAGCUUCCCUAUUUGCUCAAGAAUGGGAAGGUGAUGUCACUAUCGUCAUGCCAGCUACUUUUUCUCAGGUAACCACUCACUGCAAACAAUGUAUCCCAACUAGAACAUUUCACUCUAAUUCAAUUCUUGUAUUGAGUCUCUCUAUAUGCUUUGCUCUGUGUGUUUCCGGAUUCCAGUACUUAAAGAUCAUACAGAACCCAAGCAAUGUAGAGAUUCAAAAGGCGGCAAAUCAAGGGAGGAGAUGCACCUGGGAGAAACUCGCAGUCAUCAAAGCAAACUUCGGGAUCGAACUAGCACUCGACGAGUGCGUCGCCGUUCUCAACCACAUGCGCCGCCUUAAACGCAGCGCUGAAAGAGCCGCUGCUUUCUCAGCCAUCUCUUCCUCCCCACCACCCAAACAUCUCUUGGCCGGAGCCAACAGAUUCAACGCCUCUAAACGAAUCCCUUCCUGGAACUGCAUAGCUCGUCAAAACUCAUCCGGAUCCGUCGACGAUGAUGUGCUCGCAGAAGCUUCACGGUUGUACCAGAACAUCGUGGUUGGAUCCGGGAAGACUAGUAACCGAACCAGCAACUUAAGCCAUUCGUAUGACGCAGGAAGCGAAGGAGAAUCACCAGAAGCUGAAGACUGGACGAGAUCUGGUGGACCGUUGAUGAGGACAUCGUCAGCUCAGAUGUUCACUGCCUACGUCCAAAAUCUCAACGCCGCUGAUCCUGAACAGACGACGAUUGGUGACUCCGAUAGGGCUCCGGAGACCGAAUUGAACGCCGCUGCUGCUGCUUCUUCUUCUUCUUCUUCCAGCAUAACGGUUACAGAAGGCGAUUAUCUUCAGACGGGGAGGACACAUAACGGAAUCGUGUUGAAUCUCGUCAGAGGAGAGAAUCUGAGGAUGAAUCAGGAUCUGGAAGAUAGCGAAAACGAAUGUGAAACUCCGGAGAGCGUGCAACUCGAAUCUCCGGAGAAGGACAUUAUUGACGGAAAUAGCUCGGCGUCUGAAGACGGAGACACUAGUACUGCUCAGGCGAAUCUAACCCACGAGUGACUCUACUGAUAUUGACUGACCAGUCAAAGGGAAGGACUAGGUUGCAAAAAUGCAAACUUCUCCUAUACAGUGUUUCAAAAUUUUUGUAGAAAUAGUCCUCUAAAUUUGAGAAAAUCUCAAUUUAGCCUUGAAGCUGCUUUAUUAUCCAAAUUUCACCAAAACUUUUUUUUGUUAAUUUCUUCUUCUUUUUUUUUUUUUAACUAGGGACUGCCAGAACAAGCAUUGUUCAUGUGUUCUCCCAUUGAAUUUUUUUUUUAAGCAGAAAAUGUAAAUAUAUAUUUUUCAUAUAUAAUGGCUACAAAGUUACAAGUUCUGAAUCUUCUGAU